CUCUGACCCCUUCCUCCCCCCGCAGCGGCGCUCGGCAGCAUGGCGGACGACCUGGACUUCGAGACCGGCGACGCGGGCGCCUCGGCCACGUUCCCCAUGCAGUGCUCAGCUCUGCGUAAGAACGGCUUCGUGGUGCUCAAGGGCCGCCCCUGUAAGAUCGUCGAGAUGUCCACCUCCAAGACUGGCAAGCACGGCCACGCCAAGGUACCCAGCGGCCCCAAAAUCGCCCUUAUUUGCCCCAAAAUGGCCCCAAAAUGGUUAAAAAUGGCCCCAAAAUGGUCAAAAGUGGUCUAA